UACGCGCUUCUUCUCGACGUCGUCUACGACACCACUUGUUGCCGACACGUUUCUGCAGCGACUCAGCGAACAGAUAUUUGUGAUGGAUCACCCGAAGCCACGUCAGCAGCAGCAGAGCAAUUGUGAGCAGGUGCAGCAGAAUACACAGCCAUGGAGAACAUCUGAUGCACUGGAGGGGCAGAAAGUAGCAAUGCAGAAGUUGGAAGAAUACGAGCAGGGGACAGCAGCACCUGUGAUCCCAGAUACGACAUCUGGUGGUGAGGGUCAGUUCAAACCAGUAGUGCCAUUGCAGGCACCACUGGCGAUGUCUGGUACCUCCCCGCAAGUAGACAUUCCACAUUCCACAUUGCCACCAUUAGAAAACACAAUAGCACCCCAUGUUGUGGUCCAGCCACAGAAAGACCAACAGAAUGGCACAUUGCAACUGUCUCCCGAAGAGUGGCCGACACUCAGAGAGUUGCAGACACGAGGCCGCCGCCGCCGUUCACGAGAGGAUCCCAACUCGCCACAGCAGCAGCGGUCAGCUACGACAUCUCCCAGAACAGUGCAGCACCACAACAAGGACUCCUCUGUGAUCUGCACACAACAGGACACACCUGCUAAGCCAGAGCACCACACGGAAGUGAGUACCACAAAUCAAGAAAACAUUAAUGCUGCCGAUUCAACUAUAAAAACCUUAGAAGUACCAUCAGAUGCUAGCAACCAGAGGGUAGAACAAAAUGAGGAGGGAUGCAAAGAGGAGCGUAUGCCAACUGAAACGUGCAGCACUCCAUCUACCCUCUGUGAAGAGCCUAUUGAUGCCUGCCAACAACCCAGCGUUGGUCAACAGCAGAUAGAUUACAUACCGUCUUCCGGAGCCUCAACACCGGUACCAUUACCGAGCAAUUCCAAGCCCGGACCAGACAGUUCCUCACAAUCUACAACAACUGCAAAUUCACCCAGUGAUGCUCUCCCAGAUAAGAACAACCUUCCAGAUAUGGAUUUGUUAUGUGGACUUACUGUCCACCCAAAUAAAUCAGUUUCAAAUCCAGAACAUUGGAGUACUGAUGUGUACCCAUCAACGUUUCAGUUAUCUGAAGUACCAUAUAAAAGCAUAUACAAUUAUCCUUAUGCAAAUAAUUUACCACCCGCAAUCCAAAAAAUUGCAUCCACACAUGGAGAAUAUGUUUUGCCAAAUGUUGCAAUGUAUGGAAUCUUUCUGAGACCCAGUGAAGUUUCACCCUAUUACAAUUAUCCAGGUGUACAUAACAACCCUGCAAUGUAUGCCACAUCACCACCAUUUUACUGCCCUCCAUCAUCGCAGAGUACAUCGAUGAACUACUGUCCAGCACCACUCUACCAACCAUGGCCAACACAGCAGGAGUGGGGAAAAAUUGUGGAGCCUCAGUUACCAGUGAAUCAGCAAUACCUGUCUGGAUUACAGCAGCAAACGAUGGCGCAAGGCCAACAAGGGGUGUAUACGCAUCAGGCGCCAGUUGGUGACCAAAUACCAGUGCUGCAACAACAUUCACCAGUGGCUCAGCAGCAACAUAUGCUCGUACCACUUCAAUGGACACCGAACUACCAGACGCCACCUGAGUCCCAGGAAAGAUAUAUGACGCAGUACCAGCCACCGAGCACACAGCAUGAGCCACAGCAAUUAAUAGCAUCCCAGCAGUACCCACCCCCAGCCAUGCAGCAGUACCCACCCCCAACCAUGCAGCAGCAACCACAGUUGCAACAGCAUUUUCCAACUACAAUGAAUGAGCAACUGGCAUCUCAGCAUUAUCCACCUGCAACCAUCUAUCAGCAGCUACCGUUGCAGCAGCAGCAGAAAUUUCCAUCUACAGAAAACGAGCGAGUGCCCUCUCAACAGUUACUGGCAUCCCACCAGUACCAAACAGUGUCUCAGCAGCAGAUACUGCAAAUGAAGUCUCAGGUACCAGUUACCUAUCCAGUGCCAGAAACAUCACAACAGCAGAGUGUGAACCAGUUACAACAGGGAGUGGUGCAGCAUACGCCACCAGUCUCACAUUUACCAGUGCCUCACAAUUUGACAGAGGAAAAUCAUCAGAAAACCGCUGUGGACCAAGAACAAAUGUUACACCCAUCACAACAUCAGAAAUCAAUGACGGACGAGCAGUGUCUACUAUCAACACACAAAGCAUCGCCUGAAGCUGAAGAGAGGCAAGCAGGAGUUCGGGAGACUCACGGACUAGACAGACCACCUCGCCUUCUGAGGCCUUGGGUGUCAGACGUGGAAGCUGCUAUGAUUCGUGGACAGGCACCCGUCAGGUCACCAGCCCCCGUGGUGUCAGCUACAGCACCUGCCUUACCAAUUCAACCCGACUUCCGGAGACCACCACCGCCUAUCAAAUUUCUGGCCACUGCACAAGGAGUCAAUCAACCCACGAGACCGGCCCCGGCUCAACAGCAUUGUGCCAAUGGUUCCCAUUGGCCAGAACAGUACCAGGUCCCACCCAGGAUGCUUAAUAAUCCCCGCAGUAAACAAAAUUGGACAAAUCCAUCACCAGUGGGAAUCCCAUCUCGCCGAGGUCGAGGAGGUUCUCUUAUUAACAGUGUUGGUCGGCCAAUACGGGGUCGUGGAGCCAGACUUCCAGGUUUAAAUGGUGGUGGCUCUGUGCAGAGGGUCUCUGGUCUGCAGAACCAGUGCUCUAACAUGAAUGGUCACAGGCCAAUGACUACUCCUCUCCCUCACAGCAUCAGGAGUGACGCAGCUGUGACUACGUCAAAUGAGAGUACCCAUUUUGAACAACAACAGAAGAACGAUUCACCAAAGGAGCCGUGCAGCAGUUCCUCAGAACUCCACUGCCAGGAAGAAAAUACCAACACAGAAAUUCUUGGGCAGGACCAACAUGACUCUGCUGGCAAUGUUAACACACAAAACUGCAUUUCAACUGUUCAAGGUCGUAGACAACAUAGAGGCACAUAUCGUGGCAGAAAUGCAUUCCGUGUAGGACGAGUUUUAACAUCUAGACAUACAACUGACAACAUAAAAAGUGACGAAGCAAGAACGCUGAGCAGCCCUGACAGCUGACAGCUUAUUGCAUUAUCAUAAAAUGGUGUAUGACAGUUUUAAAUAAGGAUAGUGUCUGCAUAUUAUCUUUCUAUUAGAUACAAGUUUUGUAUUAUAAGUAAUAUAUAUAUAUAUUUUUUUUUCCCAAUGGGAAAGAAAUGUCCGACAUAAGAGUGAAAUGGCAUAUUGUAAUGUGCUGUGUUGUUAGGUGCACAGAGCUUAUCACAUUCUGUGACUGCUUCUAUGUGAAGAGAGAAAAUGUUCACCACCAUUCUGCUUUGUCUAUGUAUGUGAAUUUCUUAUGCUUCAUAAAAUUUAGUUUAGUUGAAAAAUAAUAUGUACUUAAAAUGAUGUUUUGGCCAUGUAGUUGUUUUAUUUGAAUGCAUGUAGUUACUCAGGAGGUAUAACAGAUUAUACUACAAUAAGCAGCUUUAUACCUUCUGUUCCAUUUUUUAUUUGUAUGUGUACACUCUUUUUUAUGUAUCUAGUCUGUUUUUAUUAACCUUUUUAUUAUGAUACUAGUAUAUUUUUAUCUUUUUAAUAUUUACGUAGUCACAGGUAAAAUGAUUUCAUAACAUUUAUAUUCCAAGCCUGUCACUUAACUUCACUCUUGAAUUUUAUAUGUGUGGAAGUGCAAUAAAAAAAAUUAUUUUAU